AUGUCCGUCUGCAAAAAUCUUAUUUUGAUCUGGAGUUGCAAAGAUUUUUUACAAGCAUUUGUAGAAUGGGAUGCGCCGCCGCCGCCGCCAGCAUGGUCCCAACAGCAGCCGCGAGUCUCCACGAUCGGCGUCGCCAUCCGUCUGUGCCCUGAGCUCGACGGUUCUCCGGCCGACAAGCGUUUGUUCGUGUCGCCGCUAGUGUUAUGCGUUGCUCGCCACCGCCCCAGAUCGCUGUCGUGCGUCAUCGCCGCCCCAAGCUCCAUGAGCUACUUGAAGAGGGAGUGCUUGGCCUGCUUCAUGUAUUGUCUCAAAACAACUUCCCAUGCCAUAUUUCUGUGCUUCAUGUAUUGUCUGAAUACUUGA